AUGUCAGAAGCAAGCCAUGCAGCUUCUAAUGACAAGCAGUGGGCUUGCAGGCUAGCAGGCUACCCGCCGUGCUUGGCAGCGACAGCGACGCUGAAGAAGGCAGGACUUUUAGAAGAGGAGGUGCCAGGCAAGGCAGGGGGCGCCCCGGGAAAUGCAUUCUCGCUGGUCUAUGAUGGCGUUGCUGACAAGGUGUACAAGCGGCUGUAUACUCUGGACGGCGUUCUGGGAGAGUGGAUCAGGGUGCAUGCUUAUGGCGAUGUGUACAGCAAUCCAGGGCUGAACCUGCGGCAGAAACAGCUGAUCACAUCUGCUUUCUUGUCGGAGGCAAACAUGCACGAUGAGAUGUUUGGUCAUUUGCUAGCGGCGAUGCGAUUCGGCGCCGACGAAGCCGCCUGCCGAGCAGCCAUUGAUGUAGCCUUCAGGGCUUCGCCUGCGGUGCCACCGCCGCAUGAGGAGCACCCGGUGUAUAGAAAGGCGCUGGGGGUAUUAGAUAAAGCAUUAGACAAGGCGCAGAGGGACAAGCUGCAGGGCACCAUGGCCGGCGCAGAGGUUGCUUUUGCGGAGAGUUCUGUGCACCUGCCACGAUUGCCAGAGCCCUAG